AGUUCUCCAACAAUAGUCGGCGUUCAUUGCUGUUGCUUAGGUGCUGUGAUCGGUACUCAGGUUCAAUUGAUUCUCCUGUUUGCCAGUGUGACCAGCCGUGUGUCAAAAGAGCCAAACUCCAAAACGAACAUCUCGAGGGAUUUGGAAAGCGCAGCUGGAGCUGAUUUAUUGAUUUGAUAAAUUCUCUGAGGGAAUUGCAUUGAGUAAGCGGAGAAAUGGCCGAUGAAGCACAAGCACCACCAGCUGAGGGCGCACCACCAGCAGAGGGCGAGGCGGCACCACCAGCCGAUGGCGAGGCACCACCUGCCGAUGGCGAGGCAGCACCACCCGCCGAGCCCGCCGAGCCGAUCAAGCACAGCUACACCCUCUUCUAUUUCAAUUUGAAGGCACUCGCCGAGCCGUUGCGCUACCUGUUCGCCUAUGGCGGCAUCGAGUACGAGGAUGUGCGCGUCACCCGUGACGAGUGGCCAGCCCUAAAGCCGACCAUGCCCAUGGGACAGAUGCCGGUGCUGGAGGUGGAUGGCAAGCGUGUGCAUCAGAGCAUCUCGAUGGCCCGCUUCCUGGCCAAGACCGUCGGCCUGUGCGGCGCUACGCCCUGGGAGGAUCUGCAGAUCGACAUUGUGGUUGACACCAUCAAUGACUUCCGUCUAAAAAUUGCAGUCGUCUCGUAUGAGCCCGAGGAUGAGAUCAAGGAGAAGAAGCUGGUCACCCUAAAUGCCGAGGUCAUUCCAUUCUACCUGGAGAAACUGGAGCAGACCGUCAAGGACAAUGACGGCCAUCUGGCUUUGGGCAAGCUCACCUGGGCCGAUGUUUACUUUGCCGGCAUCACCGACUACAUGAACUACAUGGUCAAGCGUGAUCUGCUGGAGCCCUAUCCAGCUCUCCGUGGCGUGGUCGAAGCCACCAACGCUCUGGAACCCAUCAAGGCCUGGAUUGAGAAGCGUCCUGCCACCGAGGUUUAAGCUGGAGUAGCUAACAUUUAAAAAAAAAACAAAUCGGCAGCAAGUGCGAAGGGGAGAAUCGUUGCAUAGCAAUAACUAUAACAACAACAACAACAACAACAGCACGCCACACUACACAUUUUAUUAUUAUUAUGAAUAUUAUUACUUCCAUCAUUAUUUUAUCACACAUUUGAUUCCCUUUUAAAUGGGGUUCACAGGACCUACUUGAGGGGAACUUGAGCCGCGCACGGGUUAACGUUCGGGAAUUUUAAACAUACAUAUAUGCGUAGUCCUUUAGCACAUGGCACUUAAUAAUUCUUUUUGGCUUAAUUCUCUUUGCAUUGCCUCGAAAAUACGUAACGAAUCAGCCUAUGGAACUAUUUUCUAGCUUUAAAGUUCAUGACUAUAAAAAAUCAAGAAAAAAAAAAAUUUAUUGCACAGUUAUAAUAUUGCUCUACUUUUAGAAAAUACUCCUAGUACAUAGUAUAUAAAGCUCUAUACGUAAUAUCUAUAUGUUCCACAUCCUAUAAGGUUAUGAUAUUCAAGUCUAUCGUUAGUUCAAUGCGAAGAGUUUUCAAAUAUUUACAACAUCACAACACAUACAACUACAACAACAAUAAUUAUCGCAGCAGCAACAACAACAUUAAAUAGCCGCGACAACGACGCAAAUAUUCUUUUGUUUAUUAUAUUUAUUUUGCUUUUAUUUAUUAUUUUGAUUUAGGCACAUACUUUCGUCCAGCCUCAAGAAUUUUCGACGUCCAACCAUUUAAGACCUUUGAAAAAGAUCAAGAAAAGACUCACAGACAUAACUUCAAAAUUCAAAUAUUGGUUAAUUGGAAUUCAAAACGAGAACAAGUUAAAUUCUAGACUCCACACAGACAACAACUGCCAACACAUAUGACAUUUUAAUUUUUUUUUAUUAAAUUUUUAUUUUGUAUUUAAUUAAUCACGUCAAACAUUGUAUUUGUAUUUUUAAAUAUUUGCACAAUAUUAAAAACACACAUUUUGAAUAAACUACACACAAAAUAAGAA